AUGGCGCUGUACGGAACUUAUGAUGCUUUGAUGUGCAGGGCGUUUCCCACCACCCUGCGAGGGUCGACCCGCAUGUGGUACAACGGCCUGAAGACCGGCACGAUCACCUCCUUUGACCAGCUCGUCAAAGACUUCGAACUUAACUUCUUGGCCUACGCCCGAUCGAAACCUUCCGUGUUCUUCUGGUCCCUCGUGGAGCAACCCCCCGCCGCUGUGCCUGAGAUACUUCAACGGGCGAACCAGUUCAUCGCGGCCGAGGCUUGGAUGGCUGGGAGGCGGGAAGAGCAUAAGAGGGUCAGGCCGGAGCCAGCUCGGGGACAACAGUCCGCCACGCCGAGGCGAAGACUGGACCGACCUGACCCGCCGGCGUUGAGAACCUCGUUGCCCUCCUUGGGCACGUCCCGAACAGAGAUAUUUCUCCAGAUAAAGGAGAAGGGGUUGCUCAAAAACCCCAGCCUGAUGAGGAAUCCGCGGGAGCUCGCAGACCGAUCGAAGUACUGUCGCUUCCACCGGCAGACUGGGCAUGACACCGAGGAGUGUCGUGAACUAAAGAGGCAGAUCGAAGAGCUCAUUCGUAGAGGGCACCUCAACCGGUAUCUUCGGUAG